CUUUGUUCUGCCUCGAUCAUCCUCGAAGAAGCAUAGUAAACCUGAAUCUCAAUUGGAAAGGAACAGAGUGUUCUCUUAGCCAGAAUGUUGACUGCAGAGAAGCUCUAUCCCAAAUGGGCAACGAGCUCUCCCACAGAACUUACAAUCUUCGUUUGCGUUGCCGUUGCUCUAUAUGUAAGCUUCCUCGAUGAGCACAAGUCGGUUUGUUGACUAGUCAUAGUUUAUGACUGUCUUCUCAUACCGGCUGACCUUUCAUCCACUCGCCAAAUUCCCAGGGCCCUUCUUCGCUCGCAUAUCAGACUGGCCCUUGGUGAUCCACUGUUAUCGCGGUGAUAGACAUCUGUGGGAAUACGAAAAUCAUUUAAAAUAUGGAUCGAUCGUCCGUUAUGGAGCCAACUCGCUCUCGAUAUCAACACCUAGUUCAAUCCCGUUAGUUCAUGGUCCAAAAGCCAACGUGAAAAAAGGCGCUUGGUACAAAACGUUGGAUAUCAGUGCUGGAGCUCCGUCUGUCCAAAUGGAAAUUGAUAAACACGAGCAUGCGAUGAGACGACGAUUCCUUCAACCGGCAUUUAGCGAGCGAGCGCUGAAGGAAGCUGAAAGGCUCAUCUCAAUCAGUGCAAAAAACUUCUGCCAGGCCCUCACUGCUGGAAACGGGGAUGAAGGUUGGUCAGAGCCGAAGAAUUUCAACGACUGGGCAACAUUCUUCGGAUUCGAUUUCGUAAGUGAUCUGGGGUAUGGAAAGAGUUUCGGCAUGCUCGGCAAUGAUGAGAACAGGUGGAUUCCAGGUGUUUUGAAGUCAGCUUCUAUUUUCCUAUAUUACGUCGGCUAUCUUCCUUUCAUUGACCUGGUUCGGCCUUUGCUGGGAACGUGGGUACAGGAUUACAUCGGCGGCCAGGCAGCUGCCGACUCGCUCAAGUUCACCAACUUAGCAAAUGGAAGAUUGGCUGAAAGAACGGAACUCGAGAAGCAACGAAAAAUGGACGAUCAGGAUUCCUCAAGGAAAGAUACAUUUCACUAUUUGCUUAACAGCAAAGAUCCCGUCUCAGGAAAAAUGUUCACCACCGAACAAUUGCAGGCAGACUCUGCACUUAUCAUUGCUGCUGGAAGCGAUGGGGUGGCUGUUACACUCGCAGCUUGCAUGUUCUACCUGCUUGACAAUCCACACGCUAUGGAUAGGAUCACCAAAGAGAUCUGCGAGAGUUUCUCAUCCGUGGAAGAGAUUGGCAAUCCAAAGCUGGGCAGUCUUCCAUAUUUGCAUGCAUGCCUGGAGGAGACACUUCGACUGAACCCUCCAAAACCAAGCUCGUUGCCACGCGAGGUAUUGAGAGGUGGUCUACUCAUAGAUGGGCAUCUUCUGCCAAAGGGUAUAAAUGUGGGUUCACCAUUAUAUGUGAUUCAUCAUGAUCCUGAUGUUUUUCCGGAUCCGUGGAUGUUUCGUCCUGAGCGUUGGAUCUCUUCGCCUGCGACAGGCGUAACACCAGAAGACGUGUCUGCAGCAAAGGCAGCUUGUGCUCCAUUCUUGAUUGGCCCAAUGAACUGUAUUGGGAAGAACAUGUCCUACAUCGCGCUAAAACUGGCACUUGCCCAUCUUCUAUUUGCAAACGAGGUGAAGAUAAGCAGUAGAUUGACCGGAGGUGGACUUGCGGAUGAUAUGGAGCAGCUCAGACGGAGGCCGGGGGAAUAUCAGAUGACCGAUUGGAUCCUAGGUUUUAGGGAUGGGCCAAUAGUGGAAGUGAGGCCAAAAUAUGUCUCGUAGCGCGUAAUACUUAGCUAGGAAAGCUUUGGCGUAACGUCCAGCAUCUUUGUCAAAGUAGGACUCAGGGCUCAGUCGGGCACUCGUUGCGGAAUAAGUGGUUAUAUCCAUCCAACGCUGGUACAGGUUUGGGAAGUUUUACCUAUUGAAGUGGCAUUGACUCAGACACUCGAAGAAGAAGAAAAAAACAUGGCCAGCUGUCGCAAAGACGGGGCCUUGUCAGCAAAUUUACAUGCACGUCAAGCUGCAAAUGAAAGAGCGUGAAUCUCCUUACUGUGCUCGUCCAUAGAUGGUAGCGAUAGGAGGAGAAUGCAAUCGUUGAGCUCGUGGAGGAAGUCGGUUCGCCUUUCAACCUUUCAUUUCCCUCAAAGUUGGCAACGCCAUAUAGAAGAGAAUCGGGGCUUGUUGCGAGAAUCGGGUGGUUUCAAUUCUCCAACAACAUUCCGUCCGAGAAUCUAUUCCUAGGAUUCGGCGAGC